ACACAAUCCAAAACAGCUAAAUGCAAACCCCAAUCUACAUAAGCCUUACUUUCCGAAAAACAUAGAACAUCUUUCUAUCUUUAUGAUAUUUGUUGUUCAAAUCGUUUCCCACUUUCUCGCAUGGAUGAGAAGAACGAGGAUUCAUCAACAAAACAGCUCCACCAAUCGCUACCCUUUCUGGAGGUGUUGUGCAAGAAUUCUGGGAAAAUAAGGCGUUUUUCUGUCGGGACUGAAGCUGAGAUGGUGUUGACUGUUGAGAAUGUUCUGAUGGCAUCCCACAUCGAGGCUGUUAAAGAAGGAGAAUUAGGAGAAGAGCCCGUUAGCUUUGGCCACAGUUCCUUGCUAGUGACAGAAGGACCAGUCCACAAGGGCACAAGAAGAGAGCGGAAAGCUUUUGCUAGGGCCACUGAUGAUCAUCAUUCGGAGGCGAGAAAAGAGUCGUCUAUCAGCAUUCUCUACAUUGGGAAAAUACUGUUUGCCUUUCUUCUAAUAUUUGUAUUCUGUGCAAUUUUCACAGUGGCCCUGGAAAACCUUCCUCGUCUCAUCUUGUUUAUAAACUCCUUAUAUAAACUUGAAAGCAAAGUUCGUGGCUAUCCCUUUCAUGUUUGCUCCAUGGUAUCAUUGUCAGUUGCUCGACUUAUGACUGAUUUUUAA